CCGGACCUUCUCCGGAGUAGUCAGUGCCUCCUAGAUUGCGCUGGAAUGACAACUUGAACAGCACCAACCAUCGUCGAGGGCACAAUGGCUUCAUUGCAACAGCCAGAGCCAAUCACGCUCACGUACAAGAGUGUAAAGGGGAACCAGGGCGAGCAAGUCGACAUCCCUCUCGAUGUCUAUGCGCCCUCGCACCCCACGGAGCCAGUGACGCCCGUCAUCUGGCUUCACACUGGCGGGCUGCUUCAAGGGACUCGCAAAUUCAUUCCCCCGCACCUUGUCAGAGCUGUCGAGUCUCAUAACCUCGUCAUCGUCGCGCCCGAUUUCCGACUCUGCCCGCAGGUGCCCCUCGUCUCUGUCCUCGCCGACGUCCGUGACUGCGUCGACUUCCUCUUUCAUGCGGACCGACUCUCCACGACGAUCUCUGCCAAGGUAAAGCGCGAUUACGUGCUGGCGGGAAGCAGCGCUGGCGGCUGGCUUUCGUCGCUUCUUGGCCUGGACCUCGUCAGCAGCAACAGCAGCGAUUCGUCGCUCACGUCGCUGCGCCUCGAACCAGCUCCCGCAGCCGUCGUGGCCAUCUACCCCAUCACUACAGUAGAGAGGGGACUGGCGCCGUACUUCCACAAGGCUCUUUCGCCUCUGCCUUGGGCCUACUCGGCCAACAAUAAACCCGGUGAUGUGUGCCCUGGCGAGCCACUAAAGGAGCACCUGGACAAGCAGGCCAAGGUCCUCUCUGAGUCGCCGCCCGCGAAGAAUCCCGUCCGAGCGACGCUGUACAACUAUGCGCGGCAAGAAGGCAUCUACCCCUCCCUGGUGCUUCGAGGCGGAAAAGAGACCGAGGAAGAGGUAGCAUUCAGCGUGCCGACGCAGAUCAGACAGAGCAACAAUCCGUUCAACAAGCCAGUCUUCAUUGCAUAUGGCGACGCGGACAUCAUGGUCGAGACGGAGCAGAGCAAACUCGUCAUCGAAGCGCUCAAGGCAAAGAAUUUUGACGUCCAGGUUCACGUCGAACCAGGCAAGUCUCACCUCUAUGACAUGCAGCCAGAGGUAGAGAUUCCGGGCUUCUGCGAUUGGAUCGUCAAAAGCACCCGAGGAAAUGCCGCUUGAGCCUUGGCAAUGAGAUAGAAAUAAUGACUGGGAAGCUCUGUAGGAGCCAUGGCAGCGACCUCUGUAUUGACAAUGAUCGGGUAUCUCUACAUCCAAUGCGCCAUCUCGCGUUUGUGGCAGUGACAUUGAGCUCAAUGCUAUAUUAUACAGAGACUGUCGUCAGUCCCACCACGUUU